UUGUGUUUGUGCAGGCUUGCAGACAUUGCAACAUCGUCCGACUGUCGCUGCCUCUCAGUUCUGAUCUAAUCAGUGUCCAACUGGAGACUUGGAGAGGUCACACUGACCCAGGACAGGAAAAGACUCAUAUCUCAUAAACAAGCUUCCACCAGUACAUUGGGUUCUAUCCAAUUAUUGCUCCUUUACCUCAACAUCAGGACUGAAGCUCAGAUGGGGGAUUUAAGGCAGACCAUAGGGGUCAUGUCGCAGACGAUAUGCCCGAGUUCCCCAGCUGCGUCCGAGGAAGACCUGAAGACUCCAAAUGGCGGGCAGCGGGAGAAGAUGCAGAUGAAGAGGGAGAUUUCCCUCAUCAACGGGAUCUGCCUCAUAGUGGGCAACAUGAUAGGCUCCGGGAUCUUUGUCUCGCCCAAGGGGGUUCUGAUGUACAGCGGCUCCUUUGGGCUGUCCCUGCUGAUCUGGGCCCUUGGCGGCAUGUUCUCGGUGUUUGGAGCCCUUUGCUACGCCGAGCUUGGCACCACCAUCCCCAAAUCCGGAGCCAGCUACGCCUACAUCCUGGAGUCGUUCGGCGGCUUCCUGGCUUUCAUUCGUCUGUGGACGUCCAUCCUGCUGAUCGAGCCGGCCAGCCAGGCGGCGAUAUCGCUGACAUUCGCUUUCUACCUGGUGGAGGCUCUCUACCCGACCUGCCAGCCGCCGUACGACGCAGUGCGCCUCCUCGCUGCAGUCUGCCUCUGUAUAUUGAUCUUCAUAAACUGUGCUUAUGUGAAGUGGGGGACUCUGGUCCAGGACAUCUUCACAUAUGCAAAGCUCAUGGCCCUCUUCCUCAUAAUUAUUGUUGGACUCCUGAAAAUAGCGACAGGAGACAUAAAUAGUUUUGAGAGUCCGUUCGAGGGGUCCUCAACCGAUUCUGGAGCCAUAGCUUUGGCUCUCUACUCAGCUCUGUUCUCCUACUCGGGUUGGGACACGCUCAACUUCGUCACAGAGGAAAUUAAGAAUCCCGAGAGGAAUCUCCCCCUGGCCAUCGCCAUCUCCAUGCCCAUCGUGACCAUCAUCUACCUGUUGACCAACGCCGCAUACUAUGUAGUUCUAGACAUGCCGUCCCUGCUGGCCAGCGACGCUGUUGCUGUGACGUUUGGAAAUGCAGUGCUCGGUCCGUUCAACUGGAUCGUCCCAAUAUCGGUGGCCAUGUCCUGCUACGGAGGACUCAACGCUUCCGUCAUUGCUGCUUCACGGCUGUUCUUUGUCGGGGCUAGAGAGGGCCACCUCCCGGACAGCUUGAGCCUUAUCCACCUGAACCGCUAUACGCCCGUACCGGCGCUGCUGUUCAAUGGGGUCAUGGGUCUAAUCUUCCUGUGUGUGGAGGAUGUAUUCCUGCUAAUCAACUACUUCAGCUUCAGUUACUGGCUUUAUGUCGGUCUGUCUGUGGCCGGCCUCAUCUACCUGCGCAUCAAACAGCCAGACAGACACAGACCAGUCAAGCUCAGCUUGUUCUUCCCCAUCGUUUACUGCAUGUGCAGCCUGUUCCUGGUCAUUGUCCCUCUGUACGGAGACACCAUCAAUUCUCUCAUAGGGAUCAGCAUAGCUCUGUCAGGUGUGCCGGUUUACUAUGUCACCAUUUACCUGCCUGAGGAGAGGAAGCCCCGAUUCAUACGCAAACUCAACACCUCUGUCACCAAAUACACACAGAUGUUGCUCUACUGCUGCCUGACUGAGUUCGACACAGAAACAGGAACGGCGGAAAAUGGCAAAACACAGUGAGACGCACGCGGACGACUCCGUUCAUCCGGCUGCUUCCUGGGCCCUGUGUGGACCGCGUGACGGUGUUUGUGGGAAUUCAGGCCUGCAUUUAUAAAAAAAAAGGGCCUAAAAUCUUAAAAGACUCGCUGAGAAGGAGCGACUCGAACGUGAUAUAUAUUUUUUUCUUUUUCAACUUCUGUAUGUUCCGAGGAUAUCUUCUGUGAGGAUUACAAGGUAACAUUUGAAACAAAUGUGUAGCUAAAGCACACGUGUUGAAACGCUUCGUACAGAAAAGGACAGAAUUCAGUCAUCUCUGUCUGACAGAAACACAUCAGAUAGUUUAAUUUUCAGGUACGAUUUUACAACCUAUUUACUCAUUAAAGAAUCGUUAUUAUUAAUCAAAAUCAGCUCUAAACAAAUGGAAUUUGCAGUUUUCUGGAGGUUUGUUCCAGAUAUAUGGAGCAU